CACUACCAUAGCAAAGGCGCCACCACCCGACCAUCACCAAACACCGUCGUCGCCGCCCGCCACCGUUGUCCGUCCACCAGGCACUAAUACGCGCGGCAGCGGCUGUCCAUCUGAUCGCGAACGCAAUAUUUUUUUAUUUUUUCCCCGAAAGGAAAAUAAUAAUACGCGGCGGCGGUACGUAUACACUCUCACACACUCACAAUAAUAAUAUAUCUAUACGUUAGUAAUAAUAAUAUACAUAUAUACUCGCGCACGAAUAAUAAUAUAUUACGUUCCUUUAUCUCUUCUCCACGUUUUUCUCCUUUUUGUUAUUGUUUGGUUUUUUUUUUUUUACGUUCCCGGACACAGACGGUCGCGUUAAAAAAGUUUAUUAUCAUCUGCAGCUCGCACCACCGUCGUAAUAAUAAUAAUAAUAGUAAUAAUAAUAAUAAUAAUAUUGUUAUUUCAUUAUUUGUUUAAUAAAAUAUCAGAUAUUAUUGUUACAUAUACGCCGCUAUCGUGUGUACAGCAUAUUUUCCAACGUUUUUCGUCCGCGGUCCAUUCGUCGUCCGCAGAUAUCAUCAUCACUGUCGUUGUCUUCGCCGCCGCCGCGUUCUGUUGCCUCACGCGCCAAUGGAUACAGCCACCAGAAUAAUAUAAUAAUAAUAAUAAUACAUCGUUCAUUUUUGUUCACUGUUUAAAAUCUCCGCCGUACAAGUCACAUCUUCUUGGACAACGUGUAUCAUCGUAUAAACUGACCUUUCGCAAACCGGACAUGGUCCACGACCACGUUCGCCCGGUAUUCCGGUCAAUAUUCAGGCAAUAGAUCGUCGUUAUCGCUCGACCAGGUGUCGAUGCGCGACUUACAAUGGCUUGUCUGAACGUGUUGAAACAGGAGAUCAAAGUGAUCGAGUCUACGUUCCCCAAGAACCAUGACCGGUUCCAGGUGCAUACAGCCACCGUUGACGAAGUAAUAUGCAAGUUUGUUGGACCCACCGGGCGACAGUUCGAGAUCAUUGGUAACAUCACAGAAACAUAUCCCGGCACUCCACCUGUCUGGUUUGCUGAUACUGAUGACUGUAAGGUGACAAAUGCUAUCGAAAAGCUAGGCCAAACUUCCGGACUCAAUAAUCAUGUUAUUAACCAAGUUGGAAUAUUGGUUAGUGAAUUGUGCCGUACAUAUUGUUUAUCUGAACCAUCCGAGUUACAAAGACUGAUACAAAUGCCCUCUAGUUCUGGGGCAUCAACUUCUACCUCUUGCUCUAGUAAACUUACAGAUGAAGAAGAUGAUGAUGAUGAUGACGAAGAAGAGGUUGAAGAAUAUAUUCAACUUGAUAUGGAAGAAUCUACCACUGAAUCUACCAAAAAACAAGUUGAUGAUAUGGAAAUUCAACACUUGGAAACUUUGGAAAGAUUACGACAAAACCAACGUCAAGAUUACUUAAAAGGAGCUGUAACCGGAUCUGUUCAAGCUACUGAUCGUCUUAUGAAAGAGCUUAGAGAUAUAUACAGAUCUGAUAGUUUCAAAAAAGGAAUGUAUAGUGUGGAACUUGUUUGUGACAGCAUCUAUGAGUGGAAUAUAAAAUUAAUGACAGUUGAUCCAGAUUCUUCUUUAUACCAUGAUUUACAAAAGUUAAAGGAGAAAGAAGGAAAAGACUUUGUGCUAUUAAAUAUUACAUUCAAAGAGACAUAUCCCUUUGAGCCACCAUUUGUGCGCGUUGUUCAUCCUAUCAUUCAAGGUGGUUAUGUCCUAGUUGGGGGUGCAAUAUGCAUGGAAUUGCUUACCAAACAAGGAUGGAGCUCAGCAUACACUGUUGAAGCAGUAAUUAUGCAAAUUGCCGCUACUUUGGUUAAAGGAAAAGCAAGAAUACAGUUUGGUGUUCCAAAAACAAUGAACCAGGUAUCCCAUGCAACAUAUCCAGUAGGUCAGUACUCUCUAGCCAGAGCACAGCAAUCUUUUAAAUCUCUUGUGCAAAUACAUGAAAAAAAUGGUUGGUUUACCCCUCCUAAAGAAGAUGGUUAAACAACAGUCUUAUACCACCUAAACUUUUCAUUCCUAAUAAAAAAAAACCUAAGUACGUCUCAUUUUAAAAAAAAAAUAUUUGUCAAACUUGUUUACAGUAUAAUAUUUACGUUACUUUUAUCAUUUUGUUUAGUUUCUUUGUAUAAUUGUAGAAAAUAUAACUUUUAUACUUUUCAAUUUGGUAACCUAAUUUUAUCCAAGUUUUGAAUAAAGUGUUCUAGCUGCCAGCUGGACUAUUUGACCCGUGACAUAUUUAACAGACACAAGUCAAACAUAAAUACUCAUGGGUUAUUAUGAUAUAUAUUUUUUUUAAUAUUGAUUCUUACAUUUUUUAUGAGUUCAGAGUUCAAUUUUUUUUUUGUGUAUUUAUUAAAUUGUGAUUAAUUUUGAUGUUACUAAUUACGGUUUUUUUAUGUAUCAAUAAAUGACACACAUAAAAUGUGUUUAAAGGA